UAACAACCGUUUAUUUUUUGAAUAAUAUAUAGUAUAAUGAAAUAAUUAAUAAUGUAUUCUAAUUUUGUAAUGUACUAAUAUUGUCCCGUUAAAAAAAAUAUUUUAAUUUACGUUAUCAAAUUUUGAAGUUACAAAGCAAAAGUUUUUAUUUAUGAAUGAUAAAGCACUGGACCAAUUUUAAGUUGAGAAGUUAUUAGAUUACGUCUGGGCUGGCUCUCCCUAUAGUCUCAGAGAAAUCAAAUCAACUGUCCUAUAGAUAAUCGAGCAGAAAUCCACCUAUGGUCUUCCAGUAUGCUGCUUUAAGGACUGGAGCUUGGAAGCAAUCUGCUACCAUAAAUGGCAUACAUCUUCUCAAUCAGCUCUUAGUCACUGAUUUCAAAGCUGAGUACUAUAAUAUGAUGUUCAUUAUCUUAUUGAAGAGGAUUAAUAUAUUUUAUGGCUCUCAGCUCUUACGUCAUCGUCAUACAAAACAUUGGAAUCCCAAAUUUAAAAAAGAAAGACGAGAAAAAGUUAUAGAAUGUGAAAAUAGUCAAGAACUUUCCGAGGAUGAAAAGCGUCUGAGGUUGAAAGAAAAGGGAAUUUUUCCUUCAAAGCCAUGGUUGGAAAAACCAACAUAUAUAAGUUGUACAGGGAAUAUUUUCGAAUCAUAUGUUCCACCAGAAGGCGAUGGUAAAUUUACAACUGUCACAGGCGGAACGAAACAAAAUAUUGAAUUUUUUAUGAAAAAAACCAAAUCAUAUAGAGCUUAUAAAAAAAUUAAAAAAUAUGAAGAAGAGUUUGACAUUAAUGAAUUUCCGGAGGAAGCUAUGAAAAUUUAUAUAAUGGCCCAUUCGGCAUUAAUGAGAAAGGAUAAGAGUGAACUAAUUGAUAAUGUUACUGAAAAAGUCUUUCCGGAAAUGCUCUAUGAUUUGGAGAAUAAAACCCUCAUAUGGAAAUUAGUGAAACUAUUAGAACCAGCAAAAAUUGUCCAUGCAAGAUGUACCUCAUUAUUCACAGAAAGUAAUAUAUUUGCACAAGUGACUACUAGGUUUCACACUCAACAGAUUCUCGCCUUAUAUGAUAGAUUCGGAAGAUUGAUACAUGGCUCUAAAAUAAUAAAAAAAGAUGUCCUUGAUUACGUAGUAUUUGAAAAGCAUUUGAGCAACACAUAUAGUAAAUGGCGUUUACAUGGAAAAAUUAUUCCUACUUGGAUGCCUCCUCAAAAAUGUGUUUUAAAAACUUUUGUAAAAUAUUAAUAAAGUAUUAUUACGUUUCUAAUUU